CUAUUGAAACGCUAUAUAUUAUGCGCACGUAAACCAGUGUUAGAGCAAGACGACAGAGUACAGUAUUCGAUGUUCGUGCAAGAGGUUGAAAGAAAAUUCAAGCGUGAUAAGAUGGCGUCACGCACGUCAGACCUAUGGAAGAAGUGAGGGGCAGAGGAAAGACAGGAAGGAGGCAGGCCAGGCGAACGUCGCCAGGGGACUGCGGUGUGUGACAGAGAGUGUGAAUAUAGUGCUGUCAUGUCUUUUUUGAGCGUUCAAAACUGCUAUAUUUCGAUCACGUUCAAUUUUUCUGCCGUAUCCAUUAUCCAGUAACAUCCAUCGAUGCCUUUGUUCGGCAAUAAGAACUGUUUCCGUUCGAGCACAAUCGUUUCGAUAACACGAAAACGAAGUUAGUAGCGGUAGUCAAAUCGUAUUAUCCUCGAACGAAGGAAACGUGCGAUAAAUCUAUACUCGGCAGAGAGAAGCUUUCCUCUCGGUCCUGGACACGUCGAGGCGGAGGAGACAGAGGCGAACUGCCAAAGAGAUGCGCGAGUUCAAGGUAGUCGUCCUCGGCUCGGGCGGGGUAGGCAAGAGCGCGCUCACCGUGCAAUUUGUUUCGGGAUGUUUUAUGGAGAAGUACGACCCUACGAUUGAAGACUUUUACCGGAAGGAAAUCGAGGUGGACAACUCGCCGUGUGUACUCGAGAUCCUCGACACCGCCGGCACUGAACAGUUCGCGAGUAUGCGCGAUCUCUACAUAAAGAACGGCCAAGGUUUCGUCGUAGUUUACAGUCUGACGAAUCACCAGACUUUCCAGGAUAUCAAGGCGAUGAAGGAAUUGAUAACUCGCGUCAAAGGCACCGAAAGGGUACCUGUAUUGCUCGUCGCGAACAAGCUCGAUCUGGAGCACCAGCGUGAGGUGGAAACCGCCGAAGGCAAUGCUCUAGCGCACCUCUGGGGCUGUCCAUUCGUCGAGGCAUCCGCGAAGAACCGCACGAACGUCAACGACGUUUUUGCGGAAAUUGUGCGCGAGAUGAACUUCAGCCCUGAGAAAGAGAAGAAAAGCUACUGCUGUUGCAGCGUCCUCUAAUAAUUAAUCAAAACCAUCAACAGAGCCGUAUUAGGUAAAAACAGUGGCUGACCGUGGCUCAUCGGAUGAACUUCGCUUGUCUGAUGACUAUGCUCUCUUUCUUGGGCCCACCUUUGGGCUUGUGCUGUGAACUCGCCAAUCUGUAAGACUAAUAUGAUUCAGUAUCCUGAAUUUGAACACAUUAAGGACUUGUGCCGUCUCAUGGUUCUUUUUUCUAUCGGAAAAUUGCAGUCUGCUGUUAAAUUGGCUGGCUGUUAAAUAUUUUAAUAUACAUGGAUAGUAUUAUGUGUAAUAUUAUUGUAAUAUAUAAUGAUAGAUGUAAGCAGGCAAUGAAAGAGGUAACUCCGUCGGUAGAGGACCAAUAGUCGAGAAGGACAUGGAUAACUCUGUAGGCAGUAAGGGAACUGCUCCAUGAUGGUUGUUACUUGUUAACGGCAAAACCAAACACGAUACGUCUAGCUUUCUGCUCAAUUUAAGAGAAGCAUCCAUCGUGUACUCGUCCCAAUCCAUGAAACUCUGUUGCUCGAUCGAUGUAACAUGCAAACUGUUUGAGGACGUCGAAGAAAUCACAGUAGUGGUCAGCCAUUUGAUAUAGGGAGAAGAAGUUCGAAUAGAUACUGUUUGCGAUGUACAGUGAAGAGUAUGGAAAAGACAGAUGGUCUUAGACACAUUGUGCAAUGAUUUCCAUUAACGAUAUAUUACCUGUGCUCAAAUGUCAGAGGCUGCGGUAAAGAAUGCGUUGUAUAGAGAGCUUGAACAGUGUGUCGUUAAUGGUACCGGUAUCGAUUGUACAGUUCUAAUAGUAGAAAUAUUGUUUUAUUAAGAUAAACACCAAGUAACGGAGAUGGUCAUCGAUGGAUAGAAUUUUAUACUUGAGACCAUGAUAUUUGGACAAUUGUUCUCCUCUAAUUUUGAUGUAAUUCCAUUGCAUACCAGAUACCGUUCACACUUUUAUUUCAAUAAGAAUUAUCUUGAUUACUAUGAAGAAAAUUGGAAACUCCGUAGCAGGAAGCAUAAUGAGAAAGAAAAGAUUGAAAAGGAUAUGGCAAACAUCAACCGAAAGGAUAUAUUGCAGUAAUGUUAUGGAGGAACAUUAACACACGUAAUGUCAAUCGUAUACAUAAUUAUAGGAUUUAUAUGGUAAUGUGUAUAUGAUAGAAGAAAAAUACAAAUCUUUGUACAAUUCCAAAAUGUUUUAUAGCCAAUUUUAAACCAGCAAGAGGAGAAAAAUCUCCAUUUGGAACUGAUCAUCAUUGAGUUCGUGAAUGUAAACUGAUAAACGUAAAGGAAAAGAAAGAAGAAGAAGCAAUGGACUCCCUUAUAAGUAGCAGUAGGUCGUGUGUAAUUUUUCUCGUGUGAUCAAAAUCAUAUUAUCCGAUAUUAAUACCGCUUUUAUACCAUAACAGUCAUUACAUUAGCUCGAUAUGUUAUUAUUUAACACAACCAUCGAAGUCGUUCAUUUCCGUGUGAUUGCUGCACGACGUAUCUUAACAAAAAAAAAA